AAAAAUUUAAAAAAAAUUCAACAACAACAAAACAAUACUGAUAAUUUUAUAGGAAAUGUCACAACAAGGGUAUGCCGACAACAACACCAAUUCAACAACUACCCCCUCCUCAAACAACCAUUCUUCUUCAAACGCCGCAGCCUUAAAUUACAAUUUGCCCUCAGGGUUAGGAGAAUCACCUCAUCAUCUUUAUGGCAUCAUUCCACCUCAUACACCAACUGGGCACCAUCCUCCAGACCCUCAACAACUUUCUUCUUUGGGAUUUUUUGCUGCUGCAGCUGGUGGAGGUGGAGGAAGUGGUGGUAGUGGUUAUCAUGCUGAAAUGGGGUCGUUAUUGGGUGGAAAUGGAGGUGGAGGAGGUGGAGAACAGAUUGACUCUAACCAGCUUAAACAAAAGAAAGACUUAAUUUAUAGCCAUCCACUCUUUCCUCUUUUAACCGUUUUAUUCGAAAAAUGUGAAUUAGCAACAUGUACACCUCGAGAACCUGUACGGACAAAUGAAUUUGGUGCAGUAGGAGGGGGAGAUCAAGUUGAUAUUUUAAAUGUUUGUUCUGCCGGUUCAUUUAGCGAAGAUAUUGCUGAAUUUGCUGCUACUGUACAAAUGAAUAAACCUUUUUAUGUACCUAAUCCUGAGCUUGAUUCUUUGAUGCUUAACGCUAUUCAAGUUCUUCGUUUUCAUUUGUUAGAAUUGGAAAAGGUCCACGAAUUGUGUGACAACUUUUGUGCCAAAUAUGUCAACAAAAUCAAAGAUAGGACACAAAUGGAUAUUAUAGCUGGUGAACAGCCACAACAACCCCCGUCUGCUGGGCCGCCUGGAAUGUUGGAGCACCAAAGACGAAGCAACAGCCAUCAACAUCAUCGAGCUAAUAGAGCUGGAGGGGGGUCUAACCAGUCCCCGGGCACUUCGUCUUCCCUAGAACAACCUCCCUCAAAUUUUUCUUCUAAUAAUAUGGGGGAUAUACAACACCAACAACAAUAUUUACAUAAUAUUGACCAUAAACAAUUUCAACAAUUGCCUUCAUGUUCCUCAUCCUCCUCCCAACAACAACAUUUUGGAGUAUUUAAUGGUAUUGAUAUAAUUAACAAUCCUUCAUCCCUAUUACAACAACAACAACAAUUAUUUUACCAACAGAAUUAUUUAAAUAAUUUAGGGGGGCACCAUCCUCAUUUGUUAAAUAAUAAUCUUGUUGAGGGACAACAACAACAAACUUUGUUAUUAAGUGGACAACAACCCCAGGAUGUUUGUGAUGCCCCUAAAAGUGCAAAAAGACCAAAAAAAUCCUCAUCAAUUACCCCAACUUCAACCUUUCCUCCUCCAAACAAUAAAAUUGAAAAGGAUGUAAAAAUAAAUCAAAGUCCAGAUACAACAACAACAAUAUUAAAUGCUCAAAAUAAUAAUAAUAAUGAAGAUUUAAAAUUUAAUAAUAAUAAUUUAAAAAUAACUAAAAAUGAAGGGGUUGGUAAAGAAGGGGGAAUAAUUAAUGAUGGUGGGGGUUAUAAGCAGCAACAACAAUUAGUUGGUGGAGGUGAUUGUUUGGAUGAAAAUGGAGGUGAAGACGGCAUUUCGUUAAACGGAACUUGUGAUUAUGACGAUGACCAACAACACUAUGAAUCUGGAGACAGUGAAUACAGCAAUAAUGCUUCUAGAGGGGAAUUGAAACCCUCCAAAAAAUUUUUAAAUUCUUUCCAACGCCGUUUACAAAAACACGAAGAAAUUGGAGGGGAUUUUGAUGAUUAUGAUGAUGGUGGACAAAGUGAGGGAGGUGGGGGAGGUAUUGGAAGUGGAAGAAGAAGAGUCCCCAAAGUUUUUAGUAAAGAGGCGAUAAGCAAGUUUAGAGCGUGGCUUUUCAACAAUAUUACGCAUCCAUAUCCAGCAGAAGAACAAAAACGUCAAUUGGCAGCAGAAACGGGGCUAACCAUUUUACAAGUUAAUAAUUGGUUUAUUAAUGCCCGUCGACGUAUAGUCCAACCAAUGAUAGACUCUAACAAUAGAGCAGGUCGCCCAGUUGCUGUUUUUAAAAAUCGUAGACGUAAAGGAAGUAGUAGUUGUGUUGAUGGGGGAAGUGGAGGGGGAGGUGUUGAUGGUGCUUCUCCUGGAAAUUCUGAUUGUGGAGGAGGGGAUAAUGGAAGGAAUAAUAAUAGUAUUAGUCCUGAGGAUGAGCAAGUCCUUUCCUCGUCUACAACCCCUUUAAAUAAUAACAAUUUUAAUUCAACAAAUAUUUCUACAACAACUACAAACAUUAAUUUAAACAAUACAAACAAUAAUUUACUUUUUUCUUCUGCGUCCAACAAUCCUUACCAAGCUGCUGCGUCUUUAGCAGCCGUUGUUUCGAACCCUUAUGCCGGGGGAUUUGGCGCUUUCCCCUUCACCACCGGUAUGACUGGAAUGUCAGCUGCUGCUGCAAUAAUGCCCAACAAUAAUAAUUAUGGACUAAAUUCUACUGGAGGGAAUACAUUAAAUUCUGGCUGGAUUCCACAAAAUUAG